AUGACUGCCAUAAGGUUCCCUGACGGCUUCAUGCUGGGGGCGGCCACGGCCUCGUACCAGAUCGAGGGCGGAUGGGACGCCGACGGCAAGGGCGAGAACAUAUGGGACCGUAUGUUGCACGAACAUCCGGAAUAUGCCAAGGGCGAGAACGGGGACGUUGCCUGCGAUUCUUACCACAAAUACGCGGAGGACGUGCAGGCAGUCAAGAAUCUGAACGCAAAUGUGUAUCGUUUCUCUAUUUCCUGGGCUCGAAUUUUACCAAACGGUGAUACAGAUGUAAUUAACCAGGCAGGUCUGGACUACUACAACAAUCUCAUCAAUCUGCUGCUGGACAAUGGGGUCCAGCCACUGGUGACGAUGUACCACUGGGAUCUUCCCCAAGCACUGCAGUACAUUGGCGGCUGGCCGAACCCCAUUUUGGCAGACUAUUUCGUCGAGUACGCUCGGGUUCUCUUCGAGAACUUUGGCGAUAGGGUGAAGUUCUGGAUAACUUUCAACGAGCCUGCUGUGUUCGUGAGCGGCUACGCCAGCCAGGGAGGGCAGGCCCCCAGCCAACCUGCUCCAGGUAUCGGCGAUUACCUGUCGGCCCACACGGUCAUCAAGGCGCAUGCACGCGUCUACCACCUGUACCAAGAGCAAUACAAGGCCACGCAGCAAGGUUACGUGGGCAUCACGCUGAACAGCGACUGGAACGAACCAGCCAGCAACUCAACCGAAGACAUCGAAGCAGCUGAACGCGCCCGCCAGUUCCAGGUUGGACUCUACGCUCACCCCAUCUUCACCGAGGAGGGCGACUACCCUCCAGUGAUGCGGGAGCGUGUGGACGCCAACAGCGCUGCAGAGGGAAGGCCACGCUCCAGGCUGCCUUCUUUCACCAGUGACGAAGUCGCCUACAUCAAGGGAACAUCGGAUUUCUUCGGUAUCAACCAUUACACUUCGGUACUCACGGCAUCAGGUGACGCUGGAACCAUACCGUCAAAGGACCACGAUGCUGGCGUCAUCAACUACGGCGACGACUCUUACCCCCACGGCGCUUCUAGCUGGCUCAGGGUAAUCCCCUGGGGAUUCCGUAAACUUCUGAACUGGAUUGCUGUUUCAUACCCAGAAUACCCAAUAUUUGUGACGGAGAACGGCUACUCAGACUGGGGUGAGCUGGAUGACAAAAAUCGUACCAACUAUUACACGAGCUACCUAGCAGAAAUGCUGAAAGCGAUCAAUGUUGAUGGCAACAACGUAAUUGGUUACACAGCCUGGAGUCUGCUUGACAACCUUGAGUGGAACGAUGGUUACGCCAUUAAAUUCGGCCUGUAUCAGGUCGACUUCAAUGAUACCGAGCGUCCCAGGACAGCGAAGGAUUCAGUGCAAACUUUAGCUCAGAUCUACGCUAACAAGGAGUUACCCAUGGAGUACUUCCAGUGA